AUGUCCGCUCUUCAACCAUCCCCACCACUUCAGGUCCAGCCUGUGCAAUGGACUCUACUUUUACCGAAGCCCCGACUAGACGCCGCGAGGUCAAUCAAUAGCAAACAACAACACUCUUCGCGACCACAACCGAUUCUUCCUCCUCUUCCAUUCCUUGCCGCCCUCAAGAUGACGGACUCCUACAUUUCCACAGGCAAUGGCGAUGCCUUUACGCCAAAUGGUUCGAGCAGGAUGAACGGUUCCAGCCCAUCUUUGCCCACAACUUCCAAUGACGCUGGCACCGCUCCCAUUAUCCGCAAAAAGUUGAUGGGAUUCGUCGGAUUCGCCAACUUACCGAACCAGGUACACAGGAAGAGUGUGCGGAAGGGUUUCCAGUUCACUACUAUGGUCGUCGGGGAGUCCGGGUUGGGUAAAUCGACACUCAUUAAUACUCUGUUUAAUACGACCAUCAACCCUCCCAAGGAGACCCUCCCGCCCAGCGCGGAGAGGCCCUCUACCGUCGCUAUUGAGAGUAUAAGCGCCGACAUUGAAGAGAAUGGCGUCCGCUUGCGUCUCAAUGUGGUUGAUACCCCCGGUUUCGGCGAUUUCGUCAACAAUGAUGAGAGCUGGAGGCCCAUUGUUGAGAACAUCGAAUCUCGAUUUGACUCCUACCUUGAGCAGGAGAGUAGAGUCAACCGUCAAAAAAUCGCGGAUAAUCGUAUUCAUGCAUGCCUCUACUUUAUCCAACCGACCGGUCACUCAUUGAAGCCUAUUGAUGUCGAGUGCAUGCGUCAACUCCAUACCAAAGUCAACUUGAUACCUAUCAUUGCCAAGGCCGAUACGCUCACUGACGAAGAAGUCGCGGAAUUCAAAGCCCGGAUCCUUGCUGACAUUGCCUACCAUAACAUUCAUAUCUUUCAGGCACCAACGUACGAGAAUGAGGACGAUGAAGCUAUUGCCGAGGCCGAAGAGAUCGCGAGCAAGAUUCCAUUCGCGGUAGUGGGUUCUGACAAGGAGGUCACCACUCCGGAUGGGCGCAAGGUUCGCGGCCGUGCCUAUCCUUGGGGCGUUGUCGAGGUAGACAACGAAGACCACUGCGACUUCGUAAAACUUCGGCAGAUGCUUGUCCGAACGUACAUGGAAGAACUCAGGGAGUAUACCAACGACGUCCUCUACGAGAAUUGGCGAACAGAGAAGUUGCUCAGCAUGGGCGUUAUACAGGAUUCUAGUGUGUUCAAGGAAAUCAACCCCGCUAUUAGGAUACAAGAAGAACGCAUCAUGCAUGAGGCAAAACUUGCUAAGAUGGAGGCCGAAAUGAAGAUGGUCUUCCAGCAGAAGGUGCAAGAAAAGGAGGCAAAGUUGAAGCAGUCAGAAGAAGAGUUAUAUGCUAGGCAUCGGGAGAUGAAAGAGGCGUUGGAGAAACAGCGGUUAGAUCUCGAGGACAAGAAACGGCGGAUCGAGAAUGGCCGCCCGUUGACCCCGGAGAAGAUCAGUACUGGCAGAAAGAAGGGCUUCCUACGUCCUUAA